AACCAUACAACACACCUUCUGUUAUUGUCAUUGCUUUCAGAUCUUCUCCUUUUCUUUUCUGUGCUGUUUCUCUCUUCUGUUUCUACACCAAUUUUCACUUCUUGUAAAUAUCACCACACACAAGAGGGAAAAUAAAAAAAAUUAAAUAAAGAAAGGUUCUCUUGUGGCUCUUUGAUGCUUUGCUUUUUUACUUUCCUUGAUUCAAAGGUGCCUUUGAUUUGAUUGCUCAAAUUCAGCAAUGGCUGUUGCUGUUUGCACCCUAUGCUUUUCUUUGUGCAAAUUCAAAGGAGUUUUGAGUCAUGAGAAUGGGAAGCAGGAUUAGGCAGAGGAGGGAAGGUGAAACUAACAAGGAGGAGUUUGCAGGAAGAUAAUGAAGUGCCUACGCUCAGGGGACCCAUUGGGAGGAGCAGAUGAAGUGUUUCCUUCAUCCGAAUCUCUUGUAAGUGCAACCAAGGACUUUUCAGCUAGUGGACAUUCUUUCCUAGCUGAACAUGUUGAUACGAAGCUGGACACUGGCAAUAUAGAAGAAGCUGAAUCAUCCUUACGCGAGAGUGGCGUCUUGAACUAUGAGGAAGCUAGAGCUCUACUAGGAAGAUAUGAAUAUCAGAAAGGAAAUAUAGUAGCUGCUUUACAUGUCUUUGAGGGAAUAGAUAUAGGUGUUGUGACUCCUAAGAUUAAAAUUGCCCUUACUAGAAGCAAAGAGCGCCGCAAGAGACAUCCCCAAGAUCAUGCUGAACCACAAAUGUCUAUACAUGCUGUUGGCUUACUGUUGGAAGCCAUCUUCCUAAAAGCAAAAUCUUUGCUGGUUCUUGAAAGGUUUAAAGAGGCUGCACAAUCUUGCAAAGUUAUUCUGGAUAUAGUGGAAUCUUCAUUGCCUGAAGGUUUGCCUGAUAACUUUGGUGCUGAAUGUAAAUUGCAGGAGACCGUGAGCAAGGCAGUUGAGCUGCUUCCAGAAUUAUGGAAACUUGCUGAUUGUCCACGUGAAGCAAUUUUAUCUUACCGGCGAGCACUUCUUCACCAAUGGAAUCUUGACGUAGAGACUAUAGCAAAGAUUCAAAAAGAAUUUGUUGUUUUUCUUCUAUAUAGUGGAGGAGAAUCAACGCCCCCUAAUCUCCGUUCCCAAAUGGAUGGCUCAUUUGUACCUAGAAACAACAUAGAAGAGGCUAUACUUCUUUUAAUGAUUUUGUUAAGAAAAGUCUCUCUAAAUAGAAUUAAGUGGGAUCCUUCAAUUUUAGACCACCUUUCAUUUGCACUGUCUGUUUCGGGGGAUUUAACAGCUUUAGCCAAUCAAUUAGAAGAAUUGCUUCCUCGGACUAUCCGUCGAAGUGAAAGGUACUAUGCUCUAGGUAUUUGUUAUUAUGGAGCGGGUAAGGACAAGGUAGCAUUAGAUCUUUUCAGAAAAUUGUUGAGCAGUAGAGAGGACAAAAACCAUGUUCCUGGUUUGUUAAUGGCUUCUAAGAUUUGUUGUCAAAGCUCGAGUCUUGCAGAAGAAGGAACAGGGUUUGCACAGCGAGUGCUUGAGGGCUUGGAUGGCAGAUGUAAUCAGCUAGAAAAUCUUGCUACUUUCUUUCAUGGUGUUUCACUUUCAGCACACUCGAAAUUGGCCAUUUCUGAUUCUGAGAGGUUUAAGAGACAAUCUGAAGCACUACAUGCCCUAGAAACUGCCGGCAGAAUGACCAGAAUGAGAGACCCCAUGAUACUAUACCAUCUCAGUUUAGAAUAUGCAGAUCAAAGGAAGUUGGAUGCUGCACUUUAUCAUGCAAAGUUAUUUGUAAAACUGGAAGGUGGUUCUAAUGUUAAAGGGUGGUUAUUGUUAGCACGGAUAUUAUCUGCUCAAAAACGGUUUUUGGAUGCUGAGUCUAUUAUCAAUGCUGCUUUGGAUCAGACUGGAAAAUGGGAUCAGGGUGAUUUGUUGCGAACAAAAGCUAAACUUCAAAUUGCACAGGGCCAGUUAAGGAGUGCCGUUGAGACAUAUACUCAGCUUCUUGCUGUUCUUCAAAUUCAGAGUAAAGGCUUUGGUUCUGGGAAGAAGCUAUAUAAGGACAACAGAGAUUGUGCUCGGAACUUGGAAGUGGAAAUAUGGCAUGAUCUUGCUUAUGUAUAUAUCAGUCUCUUACAGUGGCAUGAUGCAGAGGUGUGUCUUUCAAAAUCCAAGGCCAUCAAACCAUACUCAGCUUCUAGAUGUCAUGCAAUAGGUAUAAUGUACGAAGCAAAGGGUCUUUACAAAGAGGCACUAAAAGCUUUUAGUGAUGCUUUGGACAUUGAUCCUGGCCAUGUCCUUAGCUUAAUCUCCACUGCUGUAGUUCUUAAACGAUGCAGUAAUCAAUCGAAUCCUGCAGUGAGAAGCUUUCUGAUGGGUGCAUUACGACAUGACAGAUUCUGUGCUUCUGCUUGGUAUAAUCUUGGCCUUCUUCACAAGGCUGAGGGUACAACAUCAUCAUUAGUAGAAGCUACAGAAUGUUUUCAGGCAGCACACAUUCUUGAAGAAUCUGAACCUGUUGAACCUUUCAGAUGACUGAUUCUAUAAGCCUCAAAAGGAGAGAUGCAUUGACCAUGGUGUGGAAAGAUAGUUCAAAACAAAUAAACAAAGGAAAAAGAUGGCAAACUCUAUCAGUAGUUUUUGUGAUGCAAUGGUUCACGGUUGGUAUAUUCAUUUAUAAUUUUCACUUGUCAUCUUUAGUUAAGAGGUCAAUCAGAAAGUAAUAAAUGGAAAAAGAAAAAAAUAAUUUAGAGGCUUGUUUAAUGAUUUAAUUUGAGUUUGAUUAAAUGGCUAAACCUGCCAUUGUUACCCUCAGCUGCAAACGUGGGCUUAGAUUGAGUAGAUAAAAAACGUUAUAAUAAGAAAGUUUUAGACAUAGCAUAUUUAGACAUUGUUAUUUUUUGUAUACAUUUUAUUACAUCUAAAUCAUAAUCAUCAUUUGAUGAAAUCAUGAAGUAUAUUCAUAAGUUUAGUUUAUUUAAACUUCCUAUAGUACUAAUCGCUGUUUAGCUACCGAAGAUGAGGAUUAUGCGAUUUCUAUUCAAGAAGAUGUUUGCUUUUUGAUAUUUUAGCUUUCUUAUCAGUCGUAAGUACCAUCUUGACACACUCAUGGUGAGAAUCAAACCAUAUAUUUAACUGUUUGAUUAUCCAACAAUAUAAUCUACAUCUAAGUAUCUAAAGAGGUUGUCAAAAGAAAUUAAAUUUUCUCAUAUGGUUAAGUAAUAUGAUACUAUCGCUUUAGGAAAAAUAAUUUCACAUUUUAUUGAAUUUAAUUAAUAAAUUUUGUAAUCAAGAAUGAUGUUAGUAACACUCUGUCUCUAAUAUACUUUUUAUUAUUAGUUAAAAUUUAUUAAAAAUUAAUAUAUUAAAGAAAAAUAUUAAUUUAUGAGUAAAAAGAGUGAAAUGUACAUAAUUUUUAAUAAAUUAUAGUUAAUAGUAAGAAGUAUAUUACAUGAAGUGUGAUGAUAAUAUCAUUUUUAAGAUAGAAUUUUAUUUGAGAAAAAGUAUAUAUUUUUCACUUUAUCAUGAUACAUUUUAAUUGUAAAAGUUGCUUAAGCAUUCUCAGGUACUAUAGUAAAAUUUUUGAAGGUGAAGCCAGGUGUCUAGAUUAUGAUGGUUAUGCACAAGGCGUGAAGAAGGUGGUGGAGUAACAAUGUAUUAUUAAAAUAUGUCAUAAUUAUCUCAUUAAGUUUUAUCCAAUUAGGUUUAGUGUCUCUUUCUCUACUCUUCUUUCUUUCUUCAAAACUUCACUUUCAAAAGAAAAUGUAUUGUAAUAUAAAGGAAACCAAGACAAAGACAACUCACUCGAGUACGACAUGCACAAUUAGUCAAUACAUGAUUUUC